GAUGGAAAAAUUCCUUUACAUUAUGCUGCUGAAAUGGGUUAUUUAGAUAUAGUAAAUGCUCUAUUAGAAAGAGGUGCGGAUGUUAAUGCUAUAGAUAAUAUAAAAGAAAUUCCUUUACACUAUGCUACUAGAAAGGGUCAUGUGGAUAUAGUAAAUGUUCUAUCAAAAAGCGGUACAAACCCUUCAUUGAGGGGUAGAACUUUAGAAGGUUUAGCUGAGAAAGAUAACGUAAAAAAUCUUGUGAAAAAGUCAGAAAUACGACUUCUCAACCCAACUAUGGCAUGUGUAGGUGUUAUUUGUUUAACUGCAGCAUGUGAGGUUGGGGUAGUGGCGUUUUUUAUUGUGAAAGGAAACAUUGCUGUUGCGCCAAUACCUCUAAUACUAACAGCUGUUGUAAUUGCAGCAAUAGCAUUAGUAGCUGGUUGCAUUGUACACAAAGCAUUAAAACCUAAUGAUAAG